AGCUUUCGUUUAAACCCUCAAGACUGCUUCUCCAGAGAAUGAAGCAAAGUAGCCUACAGAGACGCCUGAUAAAAAAAAAAAUCAAGUGGGAUUCGCCUUCCAAGUUUAUCUGAACUUCCCAUUGGGCGUCAUGGGAAGCGCCGCCUCUAAUUAUAAAGGGCAUAAAGAGCCUGUGAGUCGCGAGCGCGACCGAUAUCAACAACCGACUGGAUGGAGUCAUAAGAUACAAAUAUUUCUCUCUGAGAGAUAAACUUCAGAGGUCAGAUACUGUAUACGGAUAAUAUCGACCGCUGUCAACAGAUUCUGCGGCUGUCGCUGAAGCCGAAAGUCACAUUACAGCGGAAAAAUCCUGGAAAGGAAUGCCAGCACCAACACCUGACUGAAUCCCUUGUCAACAGAGGGAAAGAGAUGGGGGAGACGGAGGACGAGCGUACGUCUCAGGCCGGCCAGCUGUUUGAGAACUUCGUGCAGGCCACUACUUGUAAAGGCACCCUGCAGGCUUUCAGCGUCCUCUGCAGGCAGCUGGAGCUGAACCCCUCUGACCACAGAGGUUUCUACAGCAGCCUGAAAGCUGCCGUCACUUACUGGAAGGCCAAAGGCCUCUGGGGGAAACUGGACAAGAGAGCCAGCCACAAGGAGUAUAAUAAAGGCAAAGCCUGCGCAGACACCAGAUGUCUCAUCAUUGGUGGCGGCCCCUGCGGGUUUCGGACCGCCAUAGAGCUGGCUUUGCUAGGUGCCAAGGUGGUGGUGAUAGAAAAGAGGGACACCUUCUCUAGGAACAAUGUCUUGCAUCUUUGGCCUUACACCAUCCAUGAUCUCAGGAACCUUGGAGCCAAGAAGUUCUAUGGAAAGUUCUGCGCUGGAUCUAUAGACCACAUCAGUAUUCGUCAGCUGCAGCUCAUGCUGUUAAAGAUUGCUCUCAUUGUUGGGGUGGAGGUACACGUCAAUGUGGAGUUUGUCAAGCUUCUCGAGCCGCCUGAAGACCAAGGCACUGAUGGGCCUGGAUGGAGGACGGAGAUCCGCCCGGCUGAUCACCCGAUCUCAGACUAUGAGUUUGAUGUGAUAAUUGGAGCAGAUGGAAGGAGAAGCACUCUUGAUGGCUUCAAGAGAAAGGAGUUCAGAGGGAAACUAGCCAUCGCCAUCACCGCAAACUUCGUCAAUCGUAACACCACAGCUGAGGCCAAAGUGGAGGAGAUCAGCGGAGUGGCCUUCAUCUUCAAUCAGAAGUUCUUCCUGGAGCUCAAGGAGGAAACAGGGAUUGAUUUGGAAAACAUCGUCUAUUACAGGGACAACACACACUACUUUGUUAUGACUGCAAAGAAACAAAGCUUGCUGGACAAGGGUGUGAUCAUCAAUGACUAUAUUGAGACCGAACGGCUGUUGGCAAAUGACAACGUGAACCAAGAGGCUUUGCUCUCAUACGCCCGUGAGGCUGCGGAUUUUGGCACUAACUAUCAGCUGCCCUCUUUGGAUUACGCCAUCAACCACUACGGCCAGCCAGAUGUGGCCAUGUUUGACUUCACCUGCAUGUACGCUUCGGAGAACGCCGCACUGGUGAGGGAAAAGAGUGGACAUCAGCUGCUGGUGGCGCUGGUUGGAGAUAGUCUUCUGGAGCCUUUCUGGCCCAUGGGGACAGGAUGUGCUCGAGGGUUUCUGGCUGCCUUUGACACAGUGUGGAUGGUGAAGGGAUGGGCUCAGGGCAAAGGACCCCUUGAUCUUCUGUCAGAGAGGGAGAGCAUCUACAGGCUGCUGCCUCAGACGACCGCAGAAAACAUCUCAAAAAACUUUGAGCAGUACACCAUAGACCCGGCCACACGUUACCCCAACCUCAACUCAUCCUGUGUACGACCACAUCAGGUGCGGCAUCUGUACAUUAACGGCGAGCAGGAUUUAAGUUCUCUGGAGCGCAGUGGACCCACACGCAAAUCUGCAAACAUCUCCAGACGAGAGUCCGAGGUGCGUCCCAGCCGGCUGCUGCUGUGGUGUCAGAAGCAGACCCAGGGCUACAGGGGAGUGGAUGUGACUGACCUUACGACCUCCUGGAGAAGUGGCCUGGCUCUGUGCGCCCUCAUUCACCGCCAGCGACCGGACCUCAUUGAUUUUAACUCCCUAAAUGAGGCAGACUGCGCUAAAAACAACCAGUUGGCGUUUGACGUGGCAGAGCGGGAGUUUGGCAUCCAGCCGGUCACUACAGGAAAGGAAAUGGAUGCCGAGCGGGGGCCAGACAAGCUCAUUAUGGUGCUUUACCUAUCCAAAUUUUACGAGAUGUUCCGCAACUCAACUCAGUCCAACACAGGUGUACCCAAAGAGACUGAUGCAAAUAAUGAAGACUAUUCAUCAAAGACUGCAAACUCUCUUUACAACUCGAUAAAUAACACACUCCCACGGAAGAGAAUCCCAAAGGUUGAUAAGAAGUUGGAAGACAAUGACACAAACAAAAAGAGGAAGAAGGCCAGCAGUCACCUGGAGGAGCUAAUGUCCAAUCAGAGUGCACCCCCUGUAGGUGAGAGAGAGGAACAGAAGGAAAAUAAGGUGCGCUCCAUGGCAACUCAACUGCUGGCCAGGUUUGAGGAGAACGCGCCAAGCUCUGGUUUGCGCAGACAGUCUGAAUCUGAGACUGACUCUGUUGCUGACAAGCCCGUAUCUCUGGACAUGACUGAAAACCCUCGCUUCGCCAAACCUAAGAGCCAGCCCACACCCUCUCCGCUCCAAACCAAACCAAAAUGGCAGCCAUCUCCUUAUCUAAGACUGCUUGAAUCCCACACGCGGAACGAGACUCACGAGCACACAGAAAUCCAGUCCAACUACAAAAACACUGAAAUUCCCUCAAGUUAUCAAACCAGCGAGUCUCGUCCAAGAUCUCCUCACAUUCCCUUCAAAGUGCUCCAGUCGGUUUCUCACCUGCCCUCAUCGACGGCAGACCCCUCAGAUUCACUCCCAUCAUUCACACCAGCCCUGGGCGGGAUGUUGCAAUGCCUGCAGAAGCUGGAAGAGGAAGUCAGUCAGAGAAAAGUGCAGGCUGAAAUUACUAGACAGUUCAACAAAAAGAGCAUUAAAGAGCGAGCUCAGCAACUGAGCUGUCUGUUCACUGGCAAACCACCUCAACCUCAGGCAGAUGAAACUCCUCCUGCUGUUUCUUCUUCUCCUCCUUCUAAAACUUCCUCAGUCCACACUAUCACAGAACGCUCUACUCUCUCCUGUCUUCUGUCUCCUGUUCCUUCAGUCCAACACAAGCAGUGCAGUGAAGAUUCAGAAACGGAGCUGAACCACGAUAAACACACAGAUCGCAGUGAAAUCAGACGUGUAGAGUGCCUUGACCCCUCCAAACAGAGAACAGUGGGGAAGGUUUCCUCUGCCAUUGGGGUUAAAGCAGCUACAUUGGCCAUCUUGUAUGAGACCGAUCACAGACCUAACAACCCUUUUACCCUCUCGCUGACCAGCAUGCGGAAGGAGUUUCCUCCGGGUCUGGGCGGCAGCGACACCUGUCACUUUUGUAAGAAGCGUGUGUACAUAAUGGAGCGACUCAGUGCGGAGGGAUACUUCUUCCACAGAGAGUGUUUCCGCUGUAACAUCUGCAGCUGUACGCUGCGUCUGGGUGGUCAUGCCUUUGACUCCAACCAAGGCACUUUUUACUGCAAGUUGCACUUUUCUCAGCGAAAAAUCAGCAGUAGGCAUCGAAGAGGAGAGAUCAACGGAGGCAGCAGACCCUCGUCCAGUGCUAGUACUGAUUACACGGCCACCGACGGCCUCCGCGGCCAGCCCUCAGGUACCCUGACUUCCCUUAUUAGGAAAGGUCUGCACUGGCCACUGCACGUGGGCCGCACACUGUUCGGUUCGCCCCGCCAGCUUGCCCGCUGGAUGUAUAAGGCGGCCCGGGCCGUAGGGCUACACAUCAGAGAGCGCCAGGAGGACUAUGUAUUCCUUUAUGAGCUGCUGAGUCUGGGUGUGCCCUUCAUAUACGUGCUGCAUGAGAUCACGGGCCAGAUGAGCCGAGAGGGCGUCGCUCCCUCCCCAGUGAGCAUGAUGGAGUCGCUCGAGCAGUACCGGGCGCUCCGACCGACUGAGCCGAGUCAGACUCCAGAACUCAGAAUCCACCCAAGGGUCUGUCGGACCCCAGCGCUCCAGGCUGAGAGUCCAGAGGUGCAGGCCCUCUCAGACUCAACAGAGCUCAUAAACAUGAGUGAAGUCAAGAAGCCUGAUCCUGCAGAUUCUGCACCUGCAUGUCCUGAUUCUCCACAGCAGAAAGUGAAACGCUCCUCCGCCAAAGGAGAAACUACCAACAAAAACAACCUCUGGAGAAAGAAAAUUCGAUCCACCCUGCCCCUCGUCCUGCUUAAGAAAUUUCACAGUGGAAAACCAGACGAAAAAACUGAUCCCCCUGGCAAGGAUGAUGGAGACUCGGACUUUGAGGAGAUCCAUGAAUCGCUCUCCCCAACAAAGCCUGCAACACAGACUACAGAGUCUGACUGCCCCCUAAUGGAGGACAAGUACUCAACGCCCCUUGAUGAGAUCCCAAAGAUCCCCAUGUAUCGCUCACAUUUUCAACCUGAAACCUCAAAACCCAGCACUUCCUCUCCAGAGCCUGUCAUCACAACCGUUCCCUCAGAGGCAAACUCCUUCAGCCCCAAGAAGAAGCUCAUGUUGUCUUUAUCUGAGAAGGAGAAGCUUCUCAACUGGGACUUGACCGCUCCUGGAAAGUCCUCAACUUCUGAAGGGGAACAACAUGACAGGACCUCUACGAAUCCUCAAAACAAUCAACCAGAACCAGAAGCUCCACCGAAACCAAGCCCUCCCCAACCCGAGCCCACUCCUCCACUCUUUGGCUUCCAACAGUGGGCCAACAGUCUCCGGAAGUCCUUCAGCAAGGGAAGCAACCCUGUGGUCCUCAGGAGAAACCGACCUUUGAAAGCUAGGCCGUUGUCUGAGGGGUCCUUCAACCUCAGCGGCUUGUUUGGCAGCAGCAUUCAGAGCAACCAAGAUGAGGAACACAGCAGCACGUCUACCGAUGAAAGUCAAUCCAGAAUGAGGACUGCAAGUGAGCUCACGACGUUACUGGAGCAGGUGGCUAUCAGCUCGAAGACCUCCAGGGGCGCAAAAGAUGACAUGGCCUCCUUGCCGCCCAGAAAACUCAAUUUCUUCUCCUCCCUGCGCAUUAAGAGGAACGAGGGAGCAGAUAAGAGCAUAGGAGACAACGAGAAAGACAUCUUGACCAUUCUUUCCAGGUUUAGAAGCAAAGCAUCUGCUCAGCAACAACAGCAACAGGAGUCCAACUCAUCCAGUGAGGAGGAACAGGAACCAAACUCACAAAGGACACACAGUGGCACCUCACAGAAGAAAAAGGAGAAAAUGGCGGUCCAACAAACCAAGAGAGAUCAGCUGAAGAGACUUCACAAGGCUCAGGUAAUCCAAAGACAACUGGAGGAAGUUGAAGAGAAGCAGCGAGCUCUGGAGGAGAAAGGUGUGGCUCUGGAGAAGGUCCUCAGAGGAGAAACUGGCGACGACUCCACAGAUGAGACCGCGUUACUGCAAACCUGGUUCAAACUGGUCCUGGAGAAGAACAAACUGUCCAGAUAUGAGUCUGAACUCAUGAUCUUUGCUCAAGAACUAGAGUUGGAGGACACUCAAUGUCGGCUACAGCAAGACAUGAGACGGCGAAUGGACACUGAAGACUGCAAGAAGAGUGCGAGUGAGCUGGCGGAGGAGCAAAGCCUGCUGGUGGAGAUCAUGAAGGUGGUGGAGAAAAGAGACAAACUGGUGUGUCUGCUGGAGGAGCAACGGCUGAAGGAGAAGGCCGAGGACCGGGAUCUGGAGAGCAUGAUCCUGUCCAGAGGCUAUCAGUUCCACUGGACCUAAACUGACCUGCAAGAAGAACUACUUUAGAUUGAGAGAGCCUUAUUUGAAGACCUUGAACAGACUGUAAUAAGCUUGCUUAAUCAAACCCAACUUAAUGCUGCCUUUUGUGUUCUUGAAAAGAAAUAAACCAAAAACCAAACACGUGCCUCUUUACUAACUGAAAAUAUUUCAAAACACAAAGUUGCACAGCCACAGAGGUGAGAGGACUGACUACAUAUUUUAUUUACACUGGUGCAAUGGUAUUUUAUAAAGUUAAAGCAGUUUUUUUGUUUUGGACUUGUUUGAUUUAUCUUCCUGUUUUGUUAAAAUUCUUGAUGAAUGUUUGUUCUGUUCUUAGUGAAUUUUCCAAUAGAGGCCAAAGUUUAAUGGCAGUGAUAAAGUGUGUCUGUUGAGUGUUUGUUUGUUUCUUGCAAUGAACAGGAUAUCUUAAGUGACCUUAAAUUGCAACUAUUUCUAAAGUAAAACCCAAUAUCAUUGUUUCAAGAAUCAAGAAGUGCUUCAGAAAAUGUACAAAGGGCUCUGGUUUUAUUCUUGUCUGUCUGUUGCCUUGUUUAAUUUAUUUAAUAAAUGUAAAAA